ACUCACCCCUAGCUAGCUACAAACCAAACACUUUCUAAUUAUAUAUCUAUAUAUAUGUUAGUAGCAAAACUGAGUUGAACAUCUAUGGCGGUCCAACACACUUUCGAACUCGAAAGAGACUCAUGCGAUGACGAUGGUCAUCCACUUAGAACAGGAACACUAUGGAGCGGUGUGGCUCAUAUCAUCACGGCUGUUAUAGGAGCUGGAGUGCUCUCUCUGGCUUGGAGUACUUCACAGUUGGGUUGGAUUGCAGGGCCAGUUUCUUUGCUGUGCUUCGCCAUAGUCACCUAUAUCUCUUCCUAUCUUCUCUCUGAUUGUUACAGGUCUCCUGACUCUGUGACUGGGAAGAGAAACCACUCUUACAUUGAUGCUGUUAGAGUUAAUCUAGGUAGUAAGCAUACUUGGGCUUGUGGGUUGCUUCAGUAUUUGAGCAUGUAUGGAACUGGUAUUGCAUAUGUGAUUGCUACUGCAACAAGUAUGAGUGCAAUCAUGAAAUCGAAUUGUUACCAUAAAAAAGGGCACGAGGCUGAUUGUUCUUAUGGAAAAACUCUGUACAUGAUGCUAUUUGGAGUGGUGCAAAUUUUUAUGUCACAGAUUCCAGAUUUCCAUAACAUGGCUUGGCUUUCUAUCAUUGCUGCUAUCAUGUCAUUUGCCUAUGCUUUCAUUGGAUUAGGCCUAGGCUUCUCCAAAGUCAUAGAAAAUGGAACAAUUCAAGGGAGCAUAACAGGAGUUCCAGCUUCAAACACUGCCAACAAACUAUGGCUAGUCUUCCAAGCACUGGGAGACAUCGCUUUCGCCUAUCCAUACGCCAUUAUCCUUCUCGAGAUUCAAAACACCUUGAAGUCUCCUCCAGCAGAGAACAAAACCAUGAAGAAGGCUUCAAUGAUUGCAAUCUUUGUGACAACAUUUUUCUACCUCUGCUGUGGUUGCUUUGGCUAUGCAGCCUUUGGUAAUGACACACCGGGGAACCUCCUAACCGGGUUCGGAUUCUAUGAGCCUUUUUGGCUCAUAGACUUUGCCAAUGCCUGCAUUGUUCUGCACUUGGUGGGAGGAUAUCAGAUAUACAGUCAGGCUGUAUUUUCAGUGGUAGAAAAAUGGUUCAUCAGAAAAUUUCCAGACAGUGCUUUUGUGAACAACUUCCACAGAGUCAAAAUUCCAUUGCUGCCACCAUUUCAGCUCAAUUCUCUCAGACUGUGCUUCAGAACAGCUUAUGUGGUGUCCACAACUGGACUUGCCAUGUUGUUCCCUUACUUCAACCAAGUUUUGGGAGUGUUGGGAGCCUUGAAUUUUUGGCCUCUGGCCAUAUAUUUUCCUGUGGAGAUGUAUUUUAUACAAAGGAAAAUAGUGGCUUGGUCUAGAAAAUGGAUUGUUCUUAGAACUUUUAGCUUCUUAUGCUUUCUUGUCACUGUGGUUGGCCUCAUUGGAUCCCUUCAAGGCCUUAUUACUGCCAAAUUAACCUAAGAAAACAGUGGAUUAUCAUCAUCAUUGUUGUUAUUUAUUAUGUAGUCAUGUCAUUCUUCUUUGAUUGAAAAUUAAUAAAUCAUAUAGCUUAGCAUAUUUUGAUAGUA